UAAAAAUCUCACUUAAAAAAACAGUUCAGCACAGUGUCCUCUCUCUAGAUUUUUUCUCAUUCCUCUCCGAUCAGAUAUGAACUGUCUUCAGAAUCUUCCAAGAUCCUCUGCCUUGCCCUUGCAAAGCUUCAAAGGCCAUUGGAGAAAGACUCCCUGCUCUGUCAAUACACUGGGAGUGAUGAGUAGUGCUGGUCUACAACGAAGUAUGACGGUCAAGGCAAUAUCGGGUCCCACGUCCAGUGCUGAGACAAGUGGUGCCAAUGUAAAGGAGGAAAAGUCAGACACAUAUAGUAACAAUAUGACAGAAGCUAUGGGUGCUGUCUUGACCUACAGGCAUGAAGUAGGAAUGAACUACAACUUCAUUCGUCCAGACUUGAUUGUGGGAUCAUGCCUACAGACUCCCAAAGAUGUAGACAAACUUCGUGGUAUUGGAGUGAAAACUAUUUUUUGCUUGCAGCAAGAUCCAGACUUGGAAUAUUUUGGGGUUGACAUUACUGCCAUACAAGAGUAUGCUAAAACAUAUGAUGACAUUGAACACCUGCGUGCUGAGAUAAGGGACUUUGAUUCAUUUGAUUUACGGAAACGGCUUCCGGCUGUUGUUAGCAAAUUAUACAAGGCGAUAAACCGAAAUGGAGGUGUGACAUAUAUACAUUGCACUGCUGGACUUGGAAGAGCUCCUGCAGUUGCGUUGGCAUACAUGUUCUGGGUUCAGGGCUAUAGACUUGGUGAAGCUCACAAAUUGCUGCAGAGCAAGCGGUCAUGCUUCCCAAAACUGGAUGCUGUAAAAAAUGCGGCUGCUGAUAUUCUUACAGGCCUCAGGAAGAAGGCUGUCACUCUAACAUGGAAAGAUCUUAAUUGCUCAACGGUUGAAAUAUCUGGACUUGAUAUUGGAUGGGGUCAGAGAUCGCCUUUACAAUUUGAUGAGGAACAGGGUUUGUGGAUUCUCAGGAGGGAAUUGCCAGAAGGACGCUACGAGUACAAGUACGUUGUUGAUGGUGAAUGGACAUGCAGUAAGAAUGAGCUUUUAACCUCCGUCAACAAAGAUGGACAUAUUAACAAUUACAUGGAAGUGUUUGAUGAUAAUCCAGAGAGUCUUAGUGGGGAGCUGAGGAAGAGGUUGACCGGUGAUGAUCCUGAUCUCACAAAGUAUGAACGACUGAAAAUAAGACAGUUGCUUGAAGCUUUUUCUGAUGAUUUGCAGUAAAUGGUGAAGGUAUUUCAAGCUGUAUAAUGUCACCAAUAAUAGCAUGAAGUCCUCCUGCCCCCACCAUAAAAUUAGAAGUGGGAAGAAAAUAAAAGUAUUUCCAUGGAACAAAAUAAAGCGAGAAGCCUUUGUAGAAAGUAUUUCCGUGGAACAAACUUUGCUGUUCUGGGUUGGAAGCUCUUUCUGACGUUGGAGAUGUAACUGUAACUCAAAAUUAUCGUGAACCAGUCCUUUUCUACAGAA